AUGGCACCGGCUAGACGUAACGUGCACCCUGAAGGUUCCUCGGAACCUCCAUCUAAUGAACCUGAGGUGAUAGCUGCUGCUGCUACCAGACUUCUUCGGUAUUUUGUUGACGAAGAAGGCUUGGUAGCCAAGACUCCCAGGGGCGGUUGUACCCUAAACCAGUUUACACAACAGCAUCCUCCGACUUUUGACGGUAGAGCAGAAGCACUUGAUGCAGAAAGUUGGAUCAAAAGAAUUGAGAAGAUUUUCAGGGCUCUGUUUUGUACGGAUGAACAGAAAGUGGAGUUUGCCACUUAUAUGCUAGCAGAUGAAGCUGAUGAAUGGUGGACCUCCACAAGGGAACUUCUAUUGCUCGAACUUAAUGAUGGGGUAUCCAUCACUUGGGACCGUUUCAAACGAGCAUUUCUAGAUCGAUAUUUUUCCCCAGCACUCCGUGAAGCAAAAGCUAGGCAGUUUCUCGACCUAGUGCAAGGGACCAUGACGGUGGAACGUUAUACCGUGACAUUUGUGGCAUUAUCGCGGUUUGCUAGUUAUCUAGUUCCUGACGAGGAAAAGAAAUGUGAAAAAUUUGAAAGGGGCUUGCAACCGAGAAUUCGUAGUCGCCUGAUACCCUUGAGGAUUCGUAAUUUCACCGACUUGGUCACACGAGCUACUCUGAUUGAGGAAGACAUGAGAGCUAAUGCAGAACUUUUCAAUUAG